AUGCUGGCGCUGCAGCUCCUUGUUGCGGGCCUCGGCGGCGUUCUUGGCGGCCUGCAGGUCCUCGGUCUGCUGCUUCCGCCAGGUAUAGGCUGGCGCCCGUCACUGGCGCUCGUGGGGACGCUGAGCCGUGAGAUGGAGAAGCGCUGGUCCUGUUCGGCGGGUCGGGUAUGGCUUUCAGGUCGAUGA